AUGACAGAAGAAUUGAAUUCAAGUUUAGAUUCAUUGGAAUUAGAAAUUUAUCAUCGACCUAAUCCAAAAAUUCAAUCGAUUAUAAACUAUCUAAGGAAAAUUGAAUUAAAAUUUUGCACUGAUCCUCGAAAGAAAUAAGACGAGUAUAAAUCAAGUAACUUCACUACUCCAAAUGAAGAUUUUAACAUUAAACAAAAUAAAUUCUUUUUAAGAAAAAAAAUAAAUAAAAAAAUAGAUUGUCCUGUUAUUUGA